AUGGAUCCCCUGAAGCACAUCACAUAUUACAACCAUGUGCUGGUAAGGCUUCCCUCGAACAACCUCAAGGUUUGCGAGCUAAAGCCCAACAGUGAUGUAUCGCUUGGCAAGUUUGGAGCUUUCAAGGUCAACGAUAUCAUUGGGUACCCUUUUGGCACCACGUUCGAAAUACAUUACGACAACGCAAUUGAGGCAUCAGCUCCGGACGCGGGCCCCUCGGGCGACGCGGCGCAAGAGGGAACAUCGUCUAAAGGUGCCCGUAAUAAGUUUAAGAUCCCUGUGGGCAGGCUCAGUGUUAUCGAGUCGAGACUGACGGCGAACGCCGCCGCCACGGGCCUCGGGUCUGAGGAAGAGGGGACUCCGCAGCGCGAGCUACAGCUUGUGGGAAACAGCGAUUCUAACAAGAACCUCAUUAAUAUUGGUAGUAGCAUUCAGAAGCUGAGUUCCGAGGAGAUUGAGCAAUUAAAGCAGCAAAGCGUCUCGAGUAACGAGAUCAUUUCCAAAAUGAUUGAGGCCCACGGAAGCUUUCACCAAAAAACCGUGUAUUCUCAGGAAAAGUAUCUUAAGCGCAAAAAGCAGAAGUUUGCUAAGUUCUUCACUGUUGAAUACAUGAGCAGCUCCGGGUUGCUACAGUACCUCAUCGAUAAGGGUGAUGUUCUCAGGGCAAUGGACUUAUCGGAGGAGAGUAUGGGCAUGAUUCUGAACCUGGCAAACAUAAGGUCCAACGGAACCUACCUAUGCGUGGACGAAACGGGCGGGCUCUUGGUCUACGCGCUGCUGGAGCGGAUGUUUGGUGGGGAGAACGAUUCGGCUGCCCAGGGGAAAAUUGUGGUUGUGCACGAGAACGAACACCCCAACCUCGACUUGCUCAAAUUCUCCAACUACACCGAGGAGUUCAUUCAGCAGCACGUAAAGACGGUUUCCAUCCUGGAUUACUUCGAGCCGCCUGUGACUGAGGAAGUCAAGGAGGCCUUCACGCCUUUGACGGACGAACAACUGAAAAGCUUGAAGAGCAAUAAAAAGGGUGCUUACUACCGGCGCUUAAAGUGGUACAACACGCAGCUGGAAAUAAUUGAAUGGGCCACCAAACAGCAAUACGAUGGGCUUGUUGUCGCAUCAACUCUACACCUGCCCACGUUUGUACCGAAGUUGGGGGAGCGUGUGCACGGGUCAAGACCAAUUGUGUGCUACAGUCAGUUUAAGGAAACUGUAUUGGAGCUGUCUCACACUCUAUAUAACGACCUACGCUACUUGGCGCCCACUAUCGUAGAAACGCGUUGUCGGCCUUUCCAGACCAUUAGGGGAAGACUGCACCCUGUCAUGACAAUGAGAGGCGGUGGAGGAUACAUGAUGUGGUGCCAUAAGGUAAUACCGGUGGGCGCGGCGGACGCUGCGCUGCAGCCCCGCCCAGAGGAGGCUCCUCAAGGCGCUGAGGCAGAGUCCAAGAAGCAGAAGACCGAGUAA